AUGGACCCAAUGUUUCCCGGCGACACCUCCUCCUCCGCCAUAGACCCGAUGUUCUCCACCUUCAGCCUCCAAUCCCUUCUCACUUUCAACCCUUCCUUCUUCACCGACAUUUUUCACACCUUAACCGACCACGCUCAACUCCCUAACCUCCCUCAAUCCCUCACCGACAAACCUCCAUAUGUUAACAACAACAAAAAUGCCCUCAUAACCCCAAAAACCGAGCACCCUCUUAAUCUUCCUCCAUUACAAGACUAUCUCCCACUUCAACAACAACCCUUCAGCUUCUUCCCUCAAUACUACCCACCCUUUGAAACUUUCCAUCAUCUCCCUCAACUCCAUUCCCCUGAACACUGUAGCAGAAAACGCCUCCGCCACCCUUUCACGGAGGAAACAUCUCCACCACCACAGAAACAACCUCACUUUGUGCGUGGGAAAUCUCCUUCUUUGAUUCCUCAGAGCAAAUUAGCAAGACAGAGAAGACAAACACUAAGCGAGAAAACACGUUGUUUGCAGAAACUAAUGCCAUGGGAUAAGAAAAUGGAUCAAGCCACCCUUUUUGAAGAAGCUUACAAAUACGUUAAGUUUUUGCAGGCACAGAUCUCUGCUCUUCAAUCAAUGCCUUCUCACUCGACCGCGACCUACUGCGGCAGCGGGGGAGAUGAUAGUGUUUUUGGUGAGUUGAAGAAGCUGAAUAGAAAACAGACUUUGCAGGUUGUGGUGAACUCACCGGUUGCACAAACAAAGCUUUACUCACAAGGUUACUGUGUUUUCUCCAUGGAACAAUUCUCUCAGCUCAGAAAAUUAUCAGAGAGAAGACAACAACAGCAGCAGCAGAAUAGGUCUGAUAAUGGUUCUUCCAAGACUUUCUUUUAA